AACGCGAUCUUUAUGUUCGUUGUCAUCCUCACAUCCGUCCCCGCUAUAUUCAUGAGGACCAACCGCCGGUGGCUGGUCCUCCACUCGUGGGGCAUUGUGAUAACCACAUCCAUCACCCUCGGAAUUGGCUUGCGUACUUGGUACGACACUCUUGAAACGCACAGAACCUUUGGGCUGGUCUGGAACAGUCAAGAAGACUUUAGCCAGUCUCUACUCCAACACAGAUUCAAAUGCUGCGGUUACACGAAUCCUAGUCUUUUUAUCCGAGACCAAACAUGCCCUGCACAACUUGGCCCUUGCAGAGUUCCGUUCGGAAAUUUUGCUAAUGAGUUCUUGGACGUCGUUUUUACUACCGUUUUUGGAUUUUGCGCCGUCGACGUACUCCUAAUGUUGGCUACCAUGUGUUUGAUUAUAGAUCGCAAGGAGAGAGAGAGGUUUAGGAAGAUUGAUAUAAAGCUCGGCGGUAUGCAGGUU